GGAGAAUUAUUGAGGGAAGUCCUGCCGAGAGAUGUGGUCAGUUGCAUGUAGGAGAUACCAUUAUUGCAGUAAAUGGUGUCAGUAUUAUUAAUAUGCAUCAUGGAGACAUAGUGAAUUUCAUUAAGGACUGUGGUUAUUCUGUUACUUUGACUAUUGGUAAUCCACAUGAUGAUGAAUCCAGCAUUGCUUCGGUGUCUCAGAAAGAAGAUGACACAUCUGUUGAGCAAGAAGAUUAUCACACUGUUAUUCUGCAGCGUGGUACUAAAGGCUUUGGUUUUAGUAUUCGUGGUGGCAAAGAAUUUCACAACAUGCCUCUUUUUGUUUUGAGGAUUGCAGACAAUGGUCCUGCUCAACAAGAUGGUAAAAUAAAGGUUGGUGAUCAAAUUAUUGAAAUUAAUGGCAUUUCCACCAAGAAUAUGACUCAUGCUGACGCCAUAGAAUUGAUCAGGAAAGGAGGCAACAGUGUGAGACUUCUUAUCAAGCGUUUUAGUCAGUCUCGAGGAACUUUAGAAUAACUGAAACAUGAGGAGCCGACUAGCUGUAAGGAUCUAUUUGUGAUAAGAUUUUCCCGCUUAGAAGAUGUGCUGUGCUUUUAUUUUUAUAUAAUCUCAGGUCAGAAGCUUGUAUUUUCAAGAAGAAAUAGAUGCGGUCAGAGAAGAGAAUGUUUCAACAUUACCAUUUCCUCAUUAUGUUCAUUUAUUUAUAAAGUAUUUUGUAUAUUUAUAUUUUUAGUGCAUAAUAAUGUUUAAUCUUUAUUGAAAAGUAUUGUUCUUAGAAAAUUAGAUUAAAUAUAAAUAUAUUUGUGUGUGUAUAUAUUUUAAAAGCAUUUCUUUGGAAAACAAAAUAAUUAAAAAAAUUAAUAAUAGUUUAUGAGAAAUGCAGAUGUGUAAAUUUCAAGCAGUGUACUUAAGAAAGUACUGUUUGUACAGAGUUUGCAAUAGUUAAAUUAAUAAUUUGAUGCAAUUCAAAAAUGUCUGCUUUGACAGCAGUUUUUAGAAACUAAAAUUAUAUACUAUCUACUUUUUUAAAAAUAUAUUAAAAUUUAUGUAUAUAAAUGUAUAUUCACAAAUGUACAGAUUGAAAUAAUGAAGUGUUGCCAUUUUGUGGCAGAUUUUAGUACCUUCGAGUUGUUUAAUGUUAAGAGUCUAGCUUCUUAUUUUUUUAGCUGUUGGGGAAUAUUAUCUGUUAAAGCCUUCCAUUGGCAAUUUUAUUUAUUUAUUUAUUUUUUAUAUUUAACAUCUUCCCAGCCUGGUAAUUUGUUUAGAUGUUAUUUAAAUCAAGCAAUUUUAUUAAUUGGCUUUGAUAAUUUUUCAAUUUAUGUGUAUAAAUAAAGAUAGCAUAUUCAUUAUGUUGUGAUGUAUAGUUUAGACAUAUCAGGAAUGCAUGCUGUUAUGUUUUUGUUGUGUAUUUGUUUUAUAUAAGACUUAAAAUUUUUAUUCCAAACUGUUAACAUAUUUGUAACAAAUGUGAUUAACAGCAGUUGUGUAUUAUACAAGUACAUGCAUAUAUAUUUUUAAAUUUUGAUUAUACACUCUUGUAUUAUAGUCUAUUCAUGUGUGGUUUAUGUUCUGUUUGAAGAUUAACUUGCAGUGUGUACUUAAUAAUGAUUAUGAGAAUACAGUUUAGUUACCAGUGAUUGUAAUAUAAGCCUGCUAAUUUUUAUGGGGGAGCUGUAAUUUAUGUUACAUAUUAUGGGUAUGAAGCCCUUUGAUGCUUAAUUUUCCAAGCUUUAAUUCAUGUUUUCAUAUAAUAUAAUUAUCAUAUGGAAAAAUAAAUUGAUGAAUUUUUCCAAAUUUUAUAUUCAGAUGUUUGUGAAUCUCUGAAUGGAAUUCAUUUCAUUUAAAUUUGUAUUUUAUUUUUCUCCUUGUAAUGUAAAAUUUAGAACCAAAUAUUUGUAAUUUCCCAGAUGGAACUUAUUUAUUUCAAUUAUGUUUAUAAUGAUAAUUCUUAUAUCUAUGGUUAUGUAAGAUAUGUUUGUUUUAUACAAAAUUGGAGUUUGCUCAUUAAAAACAGUGAAUAUUUAUUAAAAUAACUUGAAUUUUAUAUAUGGUGCUGCAUUUUUCUGAUUUUAGAUUUUAUGUGCACAAAGGAAUGCUUUUGUUAAUCAUAAAAAUAAUAUUCUGUUCAUAAUUCACUGACUAUUUCAGUGAAGAUUAUUUUUCAUUUAUGAAUUCUCAAUAAGGUAAAUGUGUUUUGUUAAAACUUAAUGACACAUCAAGCAGUUCAGGGUAAAACAAUAUGGGUAAAUAAAUGACUUUAUUUCAUUUACUCAAGUUGUUUAGAAUUUUUAUUUUGUGUUUUGUAUGCUAUUAAUGCUAUACUAUGAAGAAUUAUUGCACCAUUUUCUGUUAACAUGCUCUGAGUGUAGUUGCAAGAACAGUUUUUAAAGGAAAAUUGUUUUCCAGAUGAAAAAGAAAACUUGUAAAGGAAUGCUUGUAAAGAAAAAUUAUUUCCAAGUUACUCUGUGAAAGCAUGAAGUGUAAUUUUGCAGAGCAUUUUGAAAUUCUUAUUAGGAAUAUAUUUAUGGUUGUAUCUACUAGGAUAAAAUGGUUGUACCUACUAGGAUCAAAAUGUUGUAUUUGCCACUGACUGCCAAGCAUUGUUUUAUGUAGAGAUGCAAGUAAUAUGUUGUGAAUCACACCAAAAUCCAUUUUUAAGCUAAAAGGAAUUCUGUUCUUUUGAUGCUGUCCAUUUUGUGCUUCAGUAAUACAUGUGUAUUUCAAUAUAACCAGUGUCUGUGAUAGCAUUACACUAUGUUUUAUAGUGCACAUUAAUAGCAUUAUUGCAUUCUAAUAAGUUUGGAAAUGUGAAAUAAAUGAAAAAAAAAUGUGAGUUUGUUAUGAUCACUGCCAGGUAUUUAUUAAAAUGGGAGGUGUAUUUCUCAAAGCAAAAAUGUGAUGUAUUUGUACUUUUUUAUGUGCAAAAAGAUAGAAUUUAUUAAUUGAUAUGAAUGCCUUAUGCCUCCAAUGAUAUAAAAACUGAAUUCAUCUGUAUCAUUGAUCUUUCAGGUUUGCAAUUAUCUGUCCAACAUUCCAUGAGCAUUAUCCAUUUCAGAUUUUUGAAUGUUGAAGAUUCAUGCAAAUUGCUUGAAAUCAUGAUCUUAUUUUUUGAUUUUUAUACCUGUAAAUAAGUAUGAUAAUACCUCCUGAAACUUUCUUUAAAUGAGUUGUGUAUUUAAAAACUUUCCGGUCCAAAUCUCUUGCCUUUUUUAAAAUGCAAAUUCAAGAUAAUGGUGAUUUGCAUGUAGAAAGUAGCACAUACUUUUACGUACUAGAUAUAGUCAAUGCAAAUGUGAAAUAUUAUUUUGGCAUUUUAUUAAAUUAGAAGUAUAUUAAUUAGUAAUUAUAAUUAGAUUAGAAAUUAUUAUAAAUAAAACUUUUUCACUUUUUUUUUUUGUAACAAGAGAUAGACUUUAGAUAAGCAUUUAGCAAUAAUAAAAAUCCUGUUCUUGUUUUGUAAUAUAUAAAUCAAAAUAGAAUUUUCAUAAAUACUGUCUAAAUAUAGAUUGCACAAGUUAAGACAUCUGUUUCAGCAUUCCAACCAAUUUUCAUUAGUUAACUUUAAAUAUAUUUUGCACAAGCUAUAGGCUAAUUGAGCUUUUCAUCUUUAAUGUGCAUUAGCUUUUGUAGGGAUUAAUAUUUUGUAUCUAUAAUCGAGUGCCAUUCCAGAGGGAAAAAAUAUUCUUCAACAUUGUCUGUGUGUGUUUUCUGCGGUAACUGUUAGCAGGCAGAAGUAAUUGCCAAAGUAAUAAAAGUAUUUUUAUGGAAUCAUCUUUCCAUGUUUGUAAUGUGAAUUACAUUGUUUCCGGUUUCUUCCAUUCCAUGUGUUUAUAUUAAAUGCAUAUUUUUUAUCUUUUUAUAUGUAUAAUUAAAUUGUGCAUAUUUUACAUAUUUACAUUUUUUUAACAGUGGUUUCUGUCAUGAUAUUUAUUAUUGGUAUUUUUAAAUCCAUUUAUAUACAUUAUUUAACAAACUGAUUUGUUACUUUCUUCUCGAGAUUUUUCUGUAAUUGUAGGAAAUGGUGCCUAAUCUCAGUUAUAAAUUGCUGUCAAAGGAAGCAUAUAUUUGUUGUGUUUAUAAUGUAUUUGCCUUGUAAAUUGUCAUUUGGAAUGCCAUCUGAAGUAACUAAAUUUUUUAUAUGAGAGAAAAAAGAAUGUAUCAAUAAAAUAUGGAUGAAUUAUGUUGCAUUUGUUCUAUUUAUGAAUAAAAUAUGUGAUUUAUCAAAUUAAGCGUGAAUGAUUAUUAUAAAUAGUAAGGAAUGAAAAUUUUACAAAUCUAAUGAUUUUUUAAAUUUUGUUUUGAUCGAUUAUUCAUUUUUUGAAUUCAAGUAAUUUGUAAGUUUGUGUAAGUUUGUUUGAGUAAUUUGUAAGUUCUACUGAUACUUUAUCAACAAUCUAUUAGUUUCUUUGGGUGAUGAAUUAUAUUUUCAUCCUCAGGAGAUCAAUUAGACACUUUUUUCUUUUUAUUUCUGUGAAUACUGUUUAGCUAUUACAUUCAGCAUGAAGCAUAUUAUAAUUCUUUGCUGUUUGUAUCUGCUACUAUAUGAAUUCGGCUAAAUAAGAAGGCAAAUGACUUCCUUCCAACCAAUUUCCUGUUCUUAUUAUAAUAUUCUGUCAGCAGUUGUUAAUAUUUCAUUCCAUCCCAUGACAUAGUACAGUUUUGUUCUGUGAAAAUUGGAUGUUCAUGUUUUUUUAGGAAAAUACCAUAUGCUUGGAAACCAUGAAAAUACCAUAUGCUUGGAAACAAUUCUUGGCAAAUCAAAAUUUCUUUUUAUAAUGAAGGCUGCAAAAUUAUUUAUGUAUCUAUAUAUGUAUGGAUGCAAAAUGCAGUAAAAACUAAUGUGAGAGAAACAAAUGUUGUCUUGAGAACUUUCUAUGGAGAAAAAGAUAAUUAAAAAAAAAAAA